AUGGAGGAGCUGCGAGUGCUUGUGACAACAGACAACCACUUGGGGUUUGCAGAAAGAGACCACAUCCGGGGAGAAGACUCUUUUCGGGCGUUUGAGGAGGUGUUUAAGCAUGCGCGCGAAACCCGGGCAGACUGCAUUCUUAUAUGUGGGGACCUGUUCCACGAGGUCAGCCCGUCCAAGUACACGAUGUACCGGACCAUGGAGAUUCUGCAGCGGAACAUUCUGGGGGACGCCCCAAUCACAAUGGAGUGCAUUGACAAUGGAAACUUUGUGGACAUUCAGAAGAAAAGGCGAGAAACAAACUACUACAGCAGAAACAUAAACAUAGAGCUCCCUGUGUUUGCAAUCAAUGGAAACCACGACGAGCCGUCUGGGCACAAGGGCGUGACUGCGCUGGACAUAUUUGCAGAGGCCGGGCUCAUAAACUAUUUUGGCGGGAUGGACGGCAAAGUAAGCAGCAAAACCAUCCGGCCGCUCGUUUUUAAGAAAAAGGGCGUCUUUCUCAAUUUGUACGGGAUGGGGGGAAUUCGGGACGAAACCAUGGCAAAGCUGCUGGCAGAGGAGCGGAUUGCGUUUGAAAUGGCGCCUGGCGGGCUUAAUGUGCUGGUGCUGCACCAAACACGAUGCGGCGUGGGCAACCAUCUUUAUGUGCCGGAGGACCUGCUCAGCAAAGAGAUGGAUCUGGUUGUGUGGGGCCAUAUGCACAAGUCCGAGCCCGUGCCUGUGGAAAACCUCAAGAUGGGCUUCCACACCAUACAGCCGGGCUCUACGGUGCAGACGUCUCUGUGCAAGGCGGAGAGCGGAGACAAGCACUGUAUCUUGCUGAAGGUGACGAGCAACGGGUGGAAAACUGUCCCGCUGCUGAUGGAGAGCUCAAGAAGCCUGGUCUUUCGCACCAUGUCAGCCGCAGGGGGCGCGCUGGAGGAGAGGAUUCGCAGCGAGAUGCGGUCGAUUUUGGCCCAGCACCAGGACAGGCGCCGGCCCUUAGUGAGGCUGCGCGUGGAGGUGGACUCGGCAAGCGGCACUGUUAUACCCAAAAGAAUCAUGGAGGAGUUCAAGGACAAAGUGGCAAACCCCAAGGACGUGCUCCGGGUGAUCCACCGAAAAAAGCAAGCAGCGCUUGAAAAAAAGGAGGAGGCCAGGGAGGUGCACCGCAGCACGCAGUUCGUUGUGGACAUAGAAGAUGCGAAAAUACUGCCCAAGGGCGUGUUUAUGCAGGGCAUUAUGGAGUGCAUCGAAAAGGAGAGCAAGACCGCCAUAUCCCGAAGGUACGACGAAAUUGUGCAGGAGGUGGUAAAAGUGCUCAAGUCGCAUCGCUGGACGGACAUAGAAAAGGAGAUACCGCCCGCUGUGCAUGAGAUUGAGAAAAGGCUUUUGUACGCAUAUGACAGGCCGUAUGCAUGCAGGGCCGAGGAGGCGGGCCCUGGCCAAGAGAAAACAGCGGAGGCCUCAAAAGAGCAAGCCUCUGCUGCAGACUGUGCAGGGGGCGCCUCCUCAAGAAAAGAGGCGCCAAGUUUUCCAGAAGACGAUAUGUUUGGCGGGGCCAUUGAAGAGGCGCACCCCGAAACAGAAAAAGCGCAGCGCGGGCCGGGGCUUUCGGAGCCAGGCUGCUAUAUUUCGCAGGCAGGCGCAGAAAAAGCGCCAAACGAGAUGCACAGCGAGGGCGAGAAGCACUUGGAAAAAGAGAACCCGCGAAAGCGCAUAAAAACCGACUUCGCCUUUUCUGCGCUGUGGGACUGA